CUUACUCGCGUAUUUUGGUUCCGUAUGUUGUAACUUCACAAUCGGUGAGUCCCCACAUGGAUCAUAAAAUCAAUGAAAUAACUGAAAAUAUCAAGCAACGUGGUCGUGAGGGUGCGUAUCCUCUCUUCAAGGAAACGGGUCCGGAAUAUGUGAUGCCGAAAUUUCCGAUUGAGAGGAAAGAGAUGGAAGAUCAUAUCUUGGAAUUAAAAUUGGCCCGAGCAUUAAGUGUGGCAGACAAUGAUUCUAAACUUCCUGUGAACGAAGAAAACCAUGAUCUUACUAUUUCGAAUCCUUCAGCUACCUUCAAAGGUAUUAGUUUAGAUGACUGCAAUUCUGUUGAAAGCAUAACGAACGGUUAUGAAUCUGUGUUAUCUAGCAAAAAGAAUAUAUUUAAUAAGGAUUCUUCCAACUCUUUAUCUGUACUCCCUGAAGCAUCCUCUGAUGAACCAAACCUUCACUCCAGCCAGUCUGCUACUUCAGACGUGAAUACAUCUUUGGAAUCCGGUAACCGGAUGCAAUCUAGGAUUACUCAAAACAAUAUUCAGUUUCAAAAUGAGCAGAACUGUGGAGGUUCUUUAUUCCGAAGAUUAUACAGCAUCCCUAGUACAAAUAACGAUGGAUUCCCAAUAUAUUUAGCACCUGCGCCAAAUACAGGCGUAUUUACAGAUGUAGUUCCUGUUCUCCAAGAAGUAGAAGAAGCAGCUGAAGCAUACAUGGAGUCAGCAGCCGUAGAAUUCCAACGUGUCCAAAUCUGCGGCGAUGAUACUCUUGGUGUUCCUGUAGAUGAUUUACAUUUAGCUUCAGAAGCAUUGAUUAAAGCUUUAUUAUUACGUCAAAAAUACAUUACCUCAUCACAACAAUCAUUUCAUUGUACAACUAAACGAUAUUUAAGUGUACUGGAUUCAGGUUCAGUAAAAUUAUUGGAUUCUGAGGAGAAACAAUAUAAAUCUAUACAUACCCCUAUAUUUGAUCAUCCAAUUCAUCCUCCUGGAAAAACUGGUGAUCCUUUCGAAAUAGACUAUUGGCCUGAACCAUUAGAUGUUAAGAUGGAAUUUCGCAAGGGUAUCAUGCACAUCGAAACAUUUUCUGAUUCACCGGACAGAAACCAGGUGAAUUUAAUAAAUGGGACAUCAGAACAUAAUCAUAGUGAAAUUGUUGAUGUUGAUCAAUCUAUGAAAAAAGACCUACCAGAAUUCACUAUACCAUCUCUACAGACAUUCUUCUCAGACUUUGAUACAAUACGUACAUUUGUUGGAGAUGGUCCAUUGAAGUCAUUCUGUUAUCGUCGACUGACUUACUUGGCUUCGAAAUUUCAAUUGCAUUCAUUGUUGAAUGAAGCUCGGGAAUCAAUUGAGCAAAAACGUGUAUCACAUCGUGAUUUUUAUAAUAUUCGAAAGGUUGAUACACAUAUACAUGCAUCAUCAUGUAUGAAUCAAAAACAUUUACUACGUUUUAUCAAGAAAACAAUUCGUACUAAAUCAGAUGUUUAUGUAUGUGAAGAUCCAAAAACUAAAAAGCCUAUGACAUUAAGUGAAUUGAUUGAUAAAAUUGGAAUUACACUUUAUGAUUUAAAUAUUGACAAUUUGGAUGUUCACGCUGAUCGUAACACUUUUCAUCGAUUCGAUAAAUUCAAUGCCAAAUACAAUCCCAUUGGUCAAAGUCAGCUACGUGAAGUGUUUUUGAAGACCGACAAUUACAUUAAAGGCGUUUUCUUUGCACAUGUUCUGAAGGAAGUGUUCUAUGACUUUUCUGAGUCUAAAUAUCAAAAUGCUGAACCACGUCUUUCAAUUUAUGGUAGAUCUAUCAAUGAAUGGGAUAAUUUGGCUAAAUGGGCUAUUGAUUGUAAAGUUUAUUCUGAUAAUAUACGUUGGUUGAUUCAAGUGCCUCGUCUUUUCGAUGUUUAUCACUCCAAAGGAUCAAUGAAAUACUUCCAAGUAAGUUCAUAUAUUUACACAUUGUUAAUACAUCUUUUAGUGGCCCGUGAUCUGACUCCAGUUCGAUCGGACAAAUAGUCCUUAUUCAAUGAUUGCUGUCGAAAUAUACUCCCUGAUUAUUCUCGUAUAUUAUUAUCGACUUAAAUCGCGUUAGUGAAUAACGGAAUAAUAUAAGCCGAAUACAAGAAUCGAUUUCGAAUACAUAUAUUUUGUACACUCACUGACCUGGACAGGCAGUUAGAAGAACGAAGCGAAGGAAGAGAAGAUAACGAAACAAAAUGACGCACAGUGGAGAAGACGUGUGAGCUAACUCAAUCUAACCAAGCGUUAAUCAUUAUUUAUAGUCACAGAAAAAUAAGCUACAGAUAUGUGAUGAUAGGAUAUGAAGUGUACACAUAUGCGCUCAUAUAAAUACAGCCAUGCUUGAUAAGUGAGUAAUUAACAAGGUCGAAAUGUGACUCAAGAAGUAUGGAUAGAUUGGCCUGUCCAGAAACUAGAAUAAGUUAUUUGGGCUUAACAUAAUAACCGACAUUACAACAUAUACUGUAAAGUCAAUAACAAUGACUAUGAGCUAUUUACGAGCAGCUAAAAUGUUCCACCAAAUUAUUAACAUGGUUUAGUUUUUUCAAAACAGAAAAAAUAUGUGAAAAUGUUUUCAGUGAAAAAAGACAAUAAAAUUAAUUAAAUUCCUGUAAUCGAAUUGACAUAAAAUAAAAUAAUUCAAUAUAUUAACCUUUUCCUAUAAUCGAAUAGUUUCUAUUACAUAAAUUCCCCAAUUUCCUGUUAGUAAUGAAUCGUACUUUUAGCAAAAUAUAGGUCAUUGUUUUUUUCUUAUAUUUUAAAGAAAGUUCGAUUAAAUUACCCAGUUGAUCAUCAGCUGACUGGUGAAUAGUUCAUAUUACAUUCUGAAACAUUUAGACUACUAAUAUUUGACCACAGAUGUCUUAGAAAUAUUGCUCGCAUCUCCUGGAAUCACCAGGUAAGUAAUAGUGAGGUUAGGCGCAGGGUAUUAGGGAACAGUGGUAAAUCAGUUGAUGAGGUUGUGAAUGUUCAUCGACUGAGAUGGUUGGGCCACGUGUUGCGUAUGCCUGAACACCGAUUACCACGACGCGCAAUACUAACUGUUGUUGGGGAUGGUUGGAAGAAAGUUAGGGAUGGCCAAACCAAAACGUGGCAUCAGUAUUCAAAGUCACUAACUUCUAGUCUGAGCCAUGUUGGUAGAUGCAGACUACUUGGUUGGGGUCUGCGUGACUAUCGUAACCAAUGGUUGGAGACUGUGGGUGACAUGGCUCAGAAUCGAUCACAAUGGCGUAGAUGUAUACACUCUCUGUCUUCCCUUAAACUAUGAGAAUAAAAUCUCUUCAGAUCUUUCUUUCUACGAACUAAUUCUUUCUUCCUGUACUAUCUCCUUAUAUACAAUCUUUCCUUUAUAUGUUACACCAUUGAGUUGAUUGCUUCUAUGAAUCCGGUGUUCAUCUUGUUGUGCUAAUGAGGUGUAGCAAAUUGGACCGAUGCAUAUAUGUGCCUGGUCCUACGUUGUAACUGGCUGACUGACUGACUGAAGGAUAUUAACUUAACUAUGACAUAAUGACCUAAAAUGAUAAAAAAACACAGUACAUGCCAUAUGGCAUCAACUAUGUUGCAAAUAUGACAAUUGCUUAGCUAUGGCAUUCUUUGAUCAUCAACAAAUAUUGUGAAUUGACUAAAGCUGGAAAUAGUGAACUAUUGGUUUUAAAUUCCUUGGUUAAAAUAUAUCAGACUCCUUCCUGAGGUUCGAAGACCAUGUAUUCUAUUCUGUUCUUUUGGGGAAUGUGGAUUAUUGAUUUACCAAUUUAAAAAAACAAAUAAACUAUCAUGUAUACAAUAAGAUAAUAAAUAAUUUAUUUAAAUAUCUGUCAAUUGUUUUAAAAUACAUACACUCAUAAUAAGUUUGAAUUGAAUUUUGGAAGGGAAAUAAAGCUUGUAAUAAGAUUACAACUAGUCAGUGCUUAUUAUAUUGAAGUGGACGGAAAUUCUAGUUGGGAAAGCCAAUUUAUUAUUUAAUACAUAAUUACAGAUUGGUUCUGUAAUAUAUGAAAACCAUACAUUAAAUACAUUACUUGCAUAUCUUCCUUCAAUUGUCUUUUACAUGCUUCAUUAUUCUUUCAGUUAUGUUGUUACAAUUGACCCCUAUUUACAUUUCUGUUCUCUUUAAUUCAAUCUACUUAAUCUUGUCCUGGAAGGCAUUUCACUUUUGACUGGUGUAACAUACUACUUAUAUUUGUCAACGUAAGUAGCAUACAUUACAAAAUAUUUGUUUAUAAUACAAUAAAAUCAUAAAGGUGUUUUAUUUUUGCUGUUGCUGCUAGAAUUGUUAAACAGCCAAGUUUAUUGAUCAAUUUUUACUCCUUAUAUCAAGCAGAAAAAUGUGUUGAGUAAACAAUAAUGAUAAGUGAAAGCUAUUAAUUUUGGCUGUUAUGUAACACAGAAAAUGAUCAUUGAAUUUAAAUAUUCAGAAUUCUUUUCAUCGCUUCAUUCCAAUGAAAAUGUAUGUCAUUCCAUUCUUCACAAUAUUAUAUGUCUAAAAGUAACUGAAGCGUUUAAGUCACUAAAUACUCAGUUUACUAUGUAUGGUGUUUUUUUAAAUAAUGUUUUAGUUUUCUUCAUAAUUCUUCUCAUUUCAGGAUAUUAUCACAAACGUCUUUCAACCAUUGUUCGAGGUAACUGUCAAUCCUAAAUCACAUCCUGAACUACAUGCAUUUCUACAAUAUGUAACUGGUUUUGAUUCAGUGGAUGAUGAAUCAAAAUCUGAUAAAAUUAUUUUCAAUGCAUCAACUCCUACACCAGAUGUAUAUGAUUUAAAUGAGAAUCCUCCAUACUCUUAUUAUAUAUUUUAUAUGUUUGCUAAUAUAUCUCAAUUAAAUCAACUUAGAAGGUGAGCAUUUUUUAAAAAUAUAUUUUCGGGAAUGAUGGUUAGUAAGGAGAAGUUAUAUUUGUUACGUUUUGUUUAUGCAAGUAAGCAGUCCGUUUACGAAACUUACAACUUUGAUUCGAUUAUCCUAAUUACAGUUACUUUUUUUAUAUACAUGAUUCUUAUAUAAUUUAGGCGAUUUGUGGAGAUUGUUGAAUUUUCACGGUUUACAUUAUAGACUGAUUUUAGUUCAAUAUUUUUUGAAAACUAAGAAACAAUGGAUAGCUGUUUUAUUAUAGUAUCACUAUAUCACGAAUUUCUUGAAGUUAGACUUGCACACCACUGAAUGCUGGCUCAAUAGUCUGGGAGUUAUUCGUUUGAACUUGAUACAAAAGGGCUUGGAUUCAAUGUUGAAAUAACUGUCCAGUGUUUUCUGUUUUUCAAUUAUUAUCUAAUUAAAAAUCACUCAAUGACGUGAUUAAUAUAUUAUUUGUUCAGUUAUGGGAAUCAGUUCAUGUUUAAGGUCAUAAUGUUUAUGCACUAUUAUUAAAUUGAAAUUAUUUAUAUAUUUAAAACAGUUAUUCACCUUUUAAUCUCGCCAGUACUAACGAGAUAAUCCUCACAAUUUAUCUGUAAACAACUUAUGAAUAAAAUAACAUAGAAUCGAUCGUGUCAUGAUGAUGCAAAUCAUCACGUAAAGUAGAACAUAAAUGCUGUCAACGUAAUUCUGAAAAACAUACAAAAAAUUCAAAAAAAUAAACAAAAAAAUAAUGAAACAAAAUACGAAACAUACAUAAAUAACAAAAAUAAAAUGAUGACUAUUUUUCUAAGUCUAAUUAUAAUAAGAUGAUUUUUUGUUAAUAAGAUUCUUAAUAUAUUGUUCAUUUAUUUAUUUCUAAAUUUCUCAUUUAUGCUAUUUUUCCUACUGAUAACUAUGUACAAAGUAAAAGGAAUAGACUUAUUAAAAUAAUAUGAAUUCAUUCAUUUUAUGAACUA